ACAGCGGUGGAUUCGGUCAUUGCUUUAGGGUUGCAUGCAAACGGAGCUGGAGGAAAUGCGAGAGGGGACCAAUUAAUUCGAUUUACAAUUCAUCGGUCUGUUUUCCUGCACUGGAUGGGAGUGAUCCUCCCACCUAGUGCCACCACCUGCAUUCUGUCCCUCUCUCUCCUGAUUCCCUAGUAGAUACAUUGUCACAGCCUGGCUGCUCACCUACAUGUAUAUCAAUGAAGACCCCAUUUGGAAAGAUGCCAGGCCAGCGCCCCAGAGCUGAUGGGGGGAAUACUGGGGUAUCUGCAAAUCUGAUCAAGAAGAAAAAUUCCCACAAGAAGCAGAAGAAUAUCGGUCCAAGCAAGCCUAUUGCCCAACCCACACGAAACAUAGUGGGUUGCAGGAUAACGCACCAGUGGAAGGAAGAUACCAAGGUUUCCCAGUGGAAAGGAACAGUUCUCGAUCAAGUCCCUGUCAACCCAUCUCUCUACCUGAUCAAGUAUGAUGGAUUUGACUGCAUCUAUGGACUUGAGCUUCACAAAGAUGAGAGGGUGCAAGGCCUGGAGGUUUUACCAGACCGAGUUGCUCCAGCUCGCGUCAGUGAUGCACAGCUAGCAGAAACCAUGAUAGGCAAAGCAGUGGAGCACAUGUUUGAGCAAGAUGAAGGACCAAAGGAGGAGUGGAGGGGCAUGGUGCUAGCACGGGCUCCCAUUAUGAACACAUGGUUCUACAUUACUUACGAAAAGGACCCUGUUUUGUACAUGUACCAACUCUUGGAUGACUACAAAGAGGGGGAUCUCCGUAUAAUGCCUGAUUCAAAUGACUCGACCCCAACCGAGAGAGAACCUGGAGAAGUGGUGGAUAGCCUUGUUGGCAAACAAGUGGAAUAUGCCAAAGAGGAUGGCGGCAAAAGGACAGGCAUGGUUAUCCAUCAGGUUGAUGCCAAACCCUCUGUGUAUUUCAUCAAGUUUGAUGACGACUUUCACAUCUAUGUCUAUGAUUUAGUAAAAACGUCUUAGGGCAUUGAGAAAAUCAUUGAUUCACAGACCGUGGCAAAUGUUUCCAGGAUUUCUUUGAGACAACAUCAAUUUCACAGGCUACGAAUGUGAAACUUGUCAUUUCCUGUGUCACUGCUUCCAAUGCGAAAGCUUUUAGUGUACUUUGUCUGAAGUCCACUUUUGUUUGGAAAGAGACCUCUGCAGAAUUCACCGUGUCUGAACAUUUACUCUGUUCAAUUGGGCCAGACACCAGGAGCCUAAUCAAAGUUCUUAACGUGAAAGAAAAGUGAGAUUUUUUUAUUUAUUUUUCUUGUCUAUGAUGCUUUAAAUUAAUUCUUGUGAGGUUCUCGUAACAUGUUUCCACCACUUUUGUUAACUUAUGGGUUUAACAUCCUCAGAAUUUAGCAUGCAUCAGUCCAACAGCUGUGGUCCUUUGUAGCUCAGUUGGUAGAGCAUGGCGCCUGUAACGCCAGGGUAGUGGAUUCGAUUCCCCCAUCCAUAUGUGACUGUAAGUCGCUUUGGAGAAAAGCGUCUGCUAAAUGGCAUAUUACUGUAUCAGUCAAACACCCUAGUAAUCAGUUUAAAAGAAGGGUAUUACAUGAAAUUCUGUGAUUUUAUUCCUUACUUCUGUACUUGUAUGAACUGCCACUGUGAAAUUGUCCUUCACAUAAGGCUAGUUUCUGAGACCAAGGAAAUCCAAGCGCUUCUUCCUUUUAGUUUUUAAUCAGUGUUAUUUUACAUCGGCCACACUUGCAUUCUCCCGAAAUGGGUGUCUAGACCUCUACUACUCUGUCAAAUCGAAAUUGUAUUAGAGUCAUUUCCCUUAGCAAUUUGACUGAUUGGUUGUUCUAAGUUCAUCAAUUAUAAUAUUUUUGGUUUACUGUGGCUUUAAACUUAAUUUUAAUUUCCUUCAACCUGAAAUGAUUAGUUUUGUUAUGUAAUACUCUGUAUCAUCCAAAUCUGAUUUAAAAUUUGUAUUAACACAUUUCACUCUUACUCCUUUGCUAGAGCUACUGUAUUGCAACUUUGUUGUCAAAAACACUAAAAGGAUAAUGAUUGAUACACAUAACUAACUAUACACUGAGUGUACAAAACAUUAAGAACCCCUUCCUAAUAUUGAGUUCCACCUACUACCAUACCCUGCCCUGGCACCUACUACCCCCGUCCAAAGGCACUUAUAUAGGCACUUGCCUAUUCACCCUUUGAAUGGCACGCAUACACAAGCCAUGUCUCAAGGCUUAAUCAUUUUUUUAACAUGUCUUCUCCUCUUCAUCUAAACUUGUUGUGUAUUUAACAUGUGACAUCAAUAAGGGGAUCAUAGCUUUCACCUGAUCAGUUUGUCAUGAGAAGAGCAGGUGUUCUCAAUCUUUUGUACACUCAAUGUAUAUGAAAGACGAUUAUUAAUGUGGCUUACAAGAAAUAUAGUGUAUCAAUUAUCUUCUUGUUAGCAUUGUGAUACAUUUUGGAAGUAUUUUUAUGACUUACCUUCAAUUCUACAUGCCUGUUUCAUGUCUAUGUGCCAAAUGUUUCUAUCAAAGAAUUUGUUGUCUAAA